AUGGACAACUUAAACUCAACAGUAGAAUUUGGACGUUCUUGGCGUUCAAAAUUUCUUUUUGAAAAUGAUUUCAUUCCCCUCAAUCAAGGAUCAUUCGGAGCUUAUCCAAAAGUUAUACGAGAAGCAUUGAAUAGUUAUAAAGAAAAGUUUGAAUCCAAUCCUGAUUUAUGGAUUCGAAAGAAUCUCGGAAUAGAAUUAGCCAAGGCUAGAGAAGCGAUUGCCGAAUUUGUAAAUGCAGAUGCGAAUGAUGUUGUUUUUGUACUAAAUAGCACUACUGGGAUGAAUGCUGUAUUGAAAAGUUUAAUGUUUGAAUCGGGUGAUAAGGUGAGAGUCCACUCUGCUGUGAAAAAUUCAUUACAAUUUGUUCGUGAUCGCAGUUAUGGUAAAUUGGAACUUUUGAAAAUUGAUGUUAACUAUCCGAUUUCCGAUGAAGAGUUGAUCUCUAAGAUCAUUGGAGUCAUUCAAGAAGAACACCAAAAGCCAAAUUCAAGAAUCAAAUUGGCAUUUGUUGACGCUAUAGCUUCUGUCCCUGGGGCUAUCUUACCUUUAAAACAAAUCUUAGCCAUUUUACGACAACACAACAUUCUUUCAGUGGUUGAUGGUGCUCAAUCAGUUGGUCAAAUUCCACUGGAUUUAAAAGAUCUUGAUCCUGACUAUUUUGUAUCAAGUUGUCAUAAAUGGUUGUAUUGUGCUUAUAGUGCUGCCAUCCUCUACGUUCCAGAAAGAAACAAGAAGAAUCUACAUCCUCCUGUUACUUCAGUUUAUUAUGACGAAGAGUUUACGCUGGAAUUUUCAUGGGUUGGAGCUCAGGAUUAUAGUCCCUAUUUGACAGUUCUUCCGGCUCUAGAAUUUCGUCGGAAAAUCGGCGGCGAAGAUAAAAUUCUCACUUAUUGUCACGAUUUGGCUGUUAAGGGUGGAAAAUUAAUUGCUUCAAUUCUUGGCACUGAAAUUUUAGGUCCAGAAUAUAUAAUCCCAAACAUGGUUAAUGUCCGUCUCCCAGUUGAUGUUUCUAACGAAAAAAUUUCAGUAGAAGUACUCAAUAAUCUUUUAUUUGAUAAAUAUCAUUGUUAUGUAUUACCGUACAAGCAUAAUGGUCAUUGGUACAUUAGAGCUAGUGCGCAGAUUUUUACUGAUUUGUCUGAUUUUGAAAAUGUUGGUAAAGCUUUAAGAGAGAUUUGUGAAUCUUUUAAUAAAAUGGUAAAAUAG